GGCUGGUGCUCUGUGAAUACUUGCUGGUGUAUAAAUUCUCUACAGGCCCCGUCUCAGCCAAUAAUGGAUGUCAUCUCGGUUCUUCUUGUCGCACUCGUGCUUGCAUUGUCUGUUCUAUGGAUGGUGUGCAGCUUCCUCAUGCGCUACUAUUGGGUGCCCAGUGCUCUCCGUGCAGUGAUGGAGAAGCAAGGCAUACGAGGCUCACCCAAUCCUCCAAAUCCCAUCUUUGACGUUUUUGAUGGGAAGCCUGACAUGAAGGAGAUCAGCCACGACAUUCUGCCUCAUGUUCUUCCCUGGGCCGCACAGAACAUGAAAUUCUAUGGGAACGUACACUUGAACUGGUGGCUGCGGGAGCCCCGGAUUGUGAUCUCAGAGCCCAAAAUGAUAUGGGAUCUGUUUAUGAAGAAGCACAAGGAUUUCGUCAAGUCCCACUUCAUCAAACUCUUGUCUGAUGAUAUCUUUCAUAAAGGCCUCUUCCUUGCAAAUGGAGAAGCUUGGGCCAGGCAGAGACAGAUUGUAGCACCCAGAUACUACAUUGACGAAGUUAAGGCAAUGGUUAGAGCUGUGAACAAUGCAACAAGCCAAGUCAUGGCAAAAUGGGAAGCAUUUGUGAAGGACAGUGGAGACGUGGAGAGGGAGCUGGAUGUUCAAGUUGAGUUCAUGUGCUUGAAUGUGGAUGUUGUAGCGAGGACAACAUUGGGGUUGGAAGACAAUGACUUUCAAAACAUUCUCAAGUAUAACAUCACAUUGCUCAAGCUGCAAAAUGAUCAAGAAACCUGGAGCUGGUUACCAUUUGCCAGGCUGAUCCCUUUCGGUAUAAACGUUGAGCGGUGGAAAGUACGGAAACAGCUGAAUGACCUUGUUCGCAAGCAAGUGAGAGAGCGAAGAAAGAAGAUGACAGAAGGCAAUAACAUUGAUUUUAUUGGGAAACUCUUGGAUAAUCCAGAUGUUAGGGAAGACGUGAUUGUUGCCGAGUUGAAAACACUCUAUGCUACAGGGUUUAUCAGCUUGGCCCCACUUCUCUCAUUCACAAUGUUGAUGCUGGCUCUCUAUCCCAGUUGGCAAGAAAAGGCAAGACAAGAAGUUGACCAAGUUCUGGAUGGAGAAGUUGUUAGUCCUAAAGAUGUCACCAAGCUAAUCACGAUUGAGAUGAUUCUGCAAGAGACAUUGAGGCUGUAUCCCACAAUGCCGCUCAUCGCAAGGGUGUGCAUUAAAGACUCUAUGCUGGGGGACGUGUUCAUUCCCAAAGGACUGGGGGUGAGCGUUAAUGUUGUUGCGCUUCAUCAUGACCGAGAUCUGUGGGGAGAUGAUGUAAAUGAAUUCAACCCAUCCCGCUUCAAGAAUGGUACUGCAACUGCAGCCAAGCAUCCCAUGGCGUUCAUGCCAUUUGCCUAUGGAGUUCGAACCUGCAUUGGAAGGGCCUUCUCUGAGGUGCAGUGCAAAGUAAUCAUUGCUAUCAUCCUUCAGAGAUUCGAGGUUAAAUUGUCCCCAAAUUACCGGCACCACCCAGUCAUUACAGGACCCCUGAUCCCAAAGAAUGGCAUGCCUGUCAUACUCAAGCCAAGGCAGAACUUCUAAGACAACAAAUUUUAAAAUAAAUUUGUCUAGAUAUAAAAACCUUUAUUCAUGUCCAAAAAGCAACACUCGGCAUUUGCUCUGAGAAUCGUGUUACACGGACGGAGGGGCAACAACAUCGAUUACCCUUCCAUGUACAUGUUGGUCAGGAGAAUGUAGCCAGCUGAAUCCAUAGCGGCACUCAUAGCAGCCCGCAACAGAAACCAGCACGAAGGGCAUGUUGUUGAACAGAUCCUUGGCAAAACAAGAAACCUCCCCAUAUUCUUGUCACUGAAAUCUGUCCAGCCUUCUCGUAAGGAUCAUCAUCUUGUGAACAUCCGGCCACCCAUUGUCGAUGCAGUCAACGAUGUGGGAUCUUCUUGUACAGCAGAAUACACUGGAAUUGCCUGCAGAAUACACCAGAAUUGCCUGCAGAAGCUCCUUGCUCUUGUCUCCUCCUUGUAAUGGUGCUCCACACUUGAUCGCCAAGGGAUAGUGAUCUCGCAAGCCGAACAUGCUCGGCCAGAAAUUUUGAACUUGUGAAGCUGCCAUAAGCCCCAGAUGCCCAUUGUGCGCAAAUGCUCCCAGCCUGAUCGUCCAGGCGAUUUCAUCCCACUGCAGCAUCAGAUUCAGCAGAUAUAGCUUGAGAUUCCCAGCGGAUACAUUUGCCACAUAUUCCAAGAGACUACAUCACUUCGAAGAAAUCUCAAAGAACAGGGAUUCAGUCCCCUUCUCGGCAAAUGCCAGAAACAUCAUGGUAAAUAAGACCAGGCU